GUCUGAAAGCCUUCCUGCCCGUGACUUCUUUCCCAUUCAGGGUCCACGGUCCGCAAUGGCAGAGCAGCAGCUAGACCUAAACGCUGCUGCAGAGGCUUUGGCCGAAGCUGUGGCGGGCGCUGUUGCGGCAGUUGAUGCUCAGGCACCUGCGGAGCCACCUGCUGCUGAUCCUGCCCCUGCAGUUGAAGAAGUUGUUCCACAAGCCAGCGCAGAGAUUGCCAAUGAAAUGCUCCGACAAGGCAUCCAAGUCUCGCCUGCUGUCAUUGACCUGACCUCUGCAAAUGGCAACUGCGCCCCAGUUCAUGCGCAGAACUUAUGCUUCACAGUCAUUGACAGUGACGUGGCGAUGGCUGCUCAAGAAGUGUUGUCCAAGUUGCCGGACACAUAUGCACAGUGGAAAGGAUGGCCACUUCCUUGGUGCCGUGAUGUCGACAACAUGCCAGACAUCAGCACCUAUGGGCGAGACUGCAUCUCCUACGUGAAGCUGCUGAUGAAAGUGAGUGGGAUGUCCCGGGCUGAGCCAAGGAUGUUGCCCCACAUGGCCCAAGCAUCCCAGCUCCGCUCCAGGGAAGACAGGAACCUCUCCUUGCUUGAGAAGUCUUUUUUCACGGAGCGGUUCACGCCUGAGUUUAUGCGCCAGAUGGAACUGUGUGGUGUGAGGCGCGCGGAGGAGUUUCAAGUCACGCGAUCUCUCGAGCAAGGCUCCGAGCAGUUUUUUGCCCCACUUCCUGGAGAGCAACCUCCUUGGACUCGCUCACUGUGGUGCACAAGCGACGGCUACUUCUACGCAUUCCGCCACGUCGCUGCAGAUGUGAGCCACAGAGCAUUUGUCCAGGCGAUCUGCUACAAGAAUAAGAAGGUGCCUCUUGUCUUGGCCUUUGAACGAGAGCAAGACUGCCAAUGGAAACCAUUCGAGCUCCACUUGGCCCGAGUUUACAAGUGGGGACCUGGCUUGCAGAUGGCGUUGACGACUGGGCGGACGAUGGUCCCUCCUGACCUCGAGGAGGAGCGUGGUCGUCGUGGCAGGGGGGAGUAUCGCGGAGGCGGAGAGCAGUAUCCUGCCGGACAGCCACAGCAAGCUGCUCCUGACCCUGACCAAGCUCCUGGCAUGGACGACCCCUGGGGCAUGACGAAUUGCGUGGCCAUCCCAUUGCUCCAGCGCAGAGGAGGUGACAAAUGUGCUGAAUUUGUUGAGAAAGCAGUCCGCGUUUCAAACGUGGGCUUCUGUAAGGUCCAGGGUCCACAGUCCAUCGGGAUGAGCUUCGAGCUUUUGCCUGCCUCUCUGCUUACGUGGCUGGACGAGUGGGGUCCAGGCUUGAAGAAGAAAGUGAUGGCAGCACUCCAGCAGCAUGGCCUUUCUGGGGAAGUGGCACCGAACUUGCUUGUCGGCACGGGUUGCAGUGGGAUUGAAGCUCCGAUUCAUGCGCUUCGCGCGUUGGACGUGUCUCACCGUCAUUGUUGGUCUUCUGAGUUAGAGGCAGCACCCAGGGAUGUUCUUUUGGCAAACACGCCUCCCACUGGCAACCUCUACAAAGAUGUUCUGGAGUCUCAAGUCCAGAAGCCUGAGUACGUCCAGCUUUACAUCAGCGGCUUUAGCUGCAAACCAUUCAGCACCUUACAUCACCAAAGCAAAUUGCUGGAGGAGCCACAGGCCCAGAUUUUUUGGUCUGUUGUGGAUCGGAUCAUGGCAGUGAGGCCAGCAUGCUUUGUCCUUGAGAAUGUCAAGGGCAUUGUGCGUGUGCAGUCGCAGGUAGUGAAAGCUUUGAAAGGGAAAGGCUUCUACUUGGUUGCUGCUUUGAAGAUGGAUCCGUCUGACUUGGCAGAGCCUCUGCAGAGGCCGAGGAUCUAUUUCUUUGGCAUCAGGGCUGACGUGGCAAAGGUCAGCCAAACACAGCUGGAGGAAGUUCUUGCGGGCUGUUGGAAGACGGUGAAAAACGGGUUCAAGGCCCAUGCUGCUGGCUUCCCAGACAAGAAGACGAACCCCAGUGGCGCGCUUUGCAUGCUUCCCAGUGGCAGCAGCAAGCCGGCAAAGUUGCUGCAGGAUGUUCUGCGAACGAUUUGUUUCUUCACCUUCCAAGGGAGCGGGAUGCAUGGAGUUCGCACAGAUGGGAAGUUACCUACUAUCACACCGGGUAGUGUGUUGGCUGUCCGGAAGGCUGGCAGAACAGUCAGCCCGUUGGAGAAAAUCAUGUUGCACGGCUUUCCUGUGCACCGCAUGAGCUUUCCCCACCACAUUUCGCAGAAGGAUUUGGAGGUGAUGGGGGGCAAUACCAUGCACGUGCAUGUGGUGGGAGCUGCAAUGCUCAUGGCACUUGCGAUGGUGGACUGGAGCCUGCCUGCGGUAGCAAGGCCAUGUGGUGAGCUGCCAAUGAAACCGACGCCGAAGAGGUCUAAGGUGCAAGGUCGGAAAAGGUCUGUGGAUGACUCAGUGGUUCAUCGAUUGGCUAAGCGGUUCUGCAUCUCGGUCAAGCCGCAGCCUAAGCCACCGAAGAGAAAGGCCGAGCCUGCAUCGUCGGCUUGCUCUCGGAAGAAGCUGAAAAACAACACCACGCAAAAGGCAGAUGAUGCAAAGGAUGCAGAGCCUUUGCCUGAGUCUGCAGUGGGGUUGGCCCAGGAAACUGCUGAGCAGCAUUACGCAACCCAUGGAGGAGGAUUGUGGGGCAUAGGAUGCCUUUUCUGCGCGCACCUCAUGCACAAGCUGGCAACCGACCCAGAGCAGCGCAAGCUGUUGCUUGAAAAACAUGAUCUCGGUGAUGCACUGGGCCGUGAAACAGGCCCUGCAAGACCAAAAACAUUGGAUGAGUGGGCUGAAUUGCCUGUUCUUGCUGCUUCUGGGAUCUUGGGAGUCUAUAGAGUCGGUGCUGAUGUGCCUGAAAACACUUUGCAGUCCCACGAUGAGGACAAGAGUGAAGCAAUGGCCAAGACAGUGCUAGAAGUGAUCAAGCGCUCCUGCCAGGACCCUGAAGGUCAAGUGGAUAGCGAAGCCCUGGAGAAGGUGUUGAUGAAUGUCCGGCACUUCGCAUCAGAUCAAGGACCCAAUGUAGCCAAGGUUGGAAAGGUUUUGGUUGCCGGGCAAAAGCUGAAAAACUUGGUAUAUUUGAGCUUUGAUCCUGCCCACCAGAUUCGCAUCGCAUCCAAAGACCCCCUGCACGCUUUGCCCGAUUUCGACAGACAGUGGCAGAGGCUCUUCAGUGGCAAAAGCGCGUUGCUACCAGCAAUACAGCACAGCAAGGUGUGGCAGACCAAGCUGCUGGCUUGUGAGCGGGAGAUUCUGCGAGUUCAUGGUUCGCAAGGCGGCUGUGACCGAGCAGUGCAAUCACUGAGCUUUGUACGGAAUCCAAAAGACGUUCGACAACUAGCCGAAGAAGCACUUCAGCACAUGGUAGGGCCUGAGCUGAUGCGAGCAGCUUUGACAGCAGACUACACCAGCGAGUGCCUGCAGUUCCUAAGAACUGGGUUUGACAUUGACAACCCGGAUCCUGCCACUGUUGUGCAGUCAGUGGAAAGCUUUCAUGCACACAUGCAAGCCCUUUUUGUGCAUGGCUACAUCUUGUCGUCCCGCGCUGCUGGCUCUGCUGCAGAGAAGACUGCAAGUCAAAUGGUCUUUGAGGAAAUUGAGACUGCAGAACCGAUUUACUAUGGCGACCGUGUGCACUAUUUGUGCACCAAAGCAACAGCCAGAGAGAUCAGGCCUAUCAUGGAGUCCAUGUCUGAGGUAGUUCAAGCAAUGCUGAAGCGAGUUCAGGUGGAUCUUGCAGAGGAUGAGAUUGCGGUUGCUUUGCAGGCAUUCAACUUGGACAGCUGGAAAGAGAGGAACAACCACAUGGUCUUGAAGGACCACUUCAAGCGACUUUGUUCCAUCAUUUCUGUGGCCGGGGCAAACACAGGCUCCAUGCUAGCAUCAGCUGCAAAGUGGCUAGUGAAGGUGUACCAGGCUGCCAACGCACAUGGAUUCCGAGUGGACAAUCGGAAGGCUUGGACCUGGAUCCUUCACCCAUCUUGGCGUGCAAGGUACGCUCCGACCAUGGCUUGGAAUGAUGAUUGUGAAGUUGUGGUUGGUUUCUAUUUGUCAUUGAAGAUCAACACCACCACACUGGAGCGUGAUUUAGGACGACUUCUUACGCAAUUGUCGUCGCACAGUGGUCCGCUUUCAGCAGAUGGCUCAACCGUGGCCAGCAUCAUGGAAGUGAAUGCUGAGGGGCCGCAAGAAGAAGGCGAAUUGUUUUUGCUGCCUGACCACGCUGGCGUGUGGUCAGCAGAGGAAUGCAACACAUCUUUGACAGCAAGUGGCAUCUACGAAGCCUCUGGCUUGGCUUUAUGGCUUCAGACCGGUAUAUUUGGGGACGCUGCUACUGAGGACAUCAACUGGGCCAGCCUUGACGGGUUCAAAGAGAAGUUCUUCUCCAAGCGGGUUGCCUUCAAGGCGUCUGUCACCCGAAUGGUCGGCACCAAGAAGCAGAAGAGCGAGCGGAAACGCAUCCUAUGGCCAACAACCAUGAUUUGCGGCGUGGAUUCCGUGACAACUGCUUGCAAGGACUUUUUUGAGGGAUCUUUGCCAUUGAUUGGGCCUGGGAAAUUUGUUCUCUGGGCAUGGUACUUGGCAGUGCACGAAGCCAUCAGGGCCGGAGACAAAGACCAUCUGGAUCUCCUUUGGGAAGCAGCUUUGUCGGUGACAGUCCAGGUUCGCUUUUGUCCAGGAUUGCAAGAGAAGAGCCUGGCAAGGAACUUACAGUCUGAGGCAGUGAAGGCAUUGGGCCAUGCUUCUCUGAGCGACAGCUUCGCUGUGUUUUCUCGGCUGGUGAAGGAAUUGCAGAUUGAAAAGGUCCAGGAUGGUGUUGCUUUGGGCUUAGCCUACAGUGGUACUGUGUACAAUGCUGCAAUACACAAGGCUGCCCUUGUGCUUGGUGGCAUCCUGGAUCACACAGGCCAGCCUGUGGAGAACGCUUUGUCCAGGCUGGAGUUACAUUUCGGCCGUGACAUUCUCAGCAGCGAAUAUUCCAAGCUGUCAAAGAUGAUUGCCUAUGGAAGAUCUGUGGGAACGACAUGGUCCACAAUCCAUGGUCCGCGGUCCACACCUGAAAUCGUUGCUUGGAUGAUUGAGAUGCUUAUCCUGGCGUUCAAAACGAAAAUGCGGCUUCCCAGCAAAGCCACAGAAUCCUGGUUGGACAAGGACCGGAAGACAGGAGUGGCAGGCUUUUGGCAGGUCACAGGAGUGAUUCUCCAGGUAUUCGAAUAUUCCGAGAAGUUGAUUGCAAAGCUCCCCGAGCCCGAACUUUCGAAAGCAAAAGCAACUCUCGAAGAUUUGCUGUCCCCGGCGCAGUGCUGGGAGAAGUUCCUUCGCCCAGAUGAAAAAGCCGCAGCGGAAGUUGGGUGCUUGCACGAGGAUGAUAUCGACGAAGAGUGCGCAGUAUUGGUGCCAACAGGCUCCAUGGCUUUGGUCAAGGAGAGCUUCAACAAAGCAACUGGUUUGCUGCUUGAUAUCCUGUUGGACCUCAUCGCUGGAAAACAUUUUUCCGAUUGUCAGGAGCUUGCUUCCCAAGCUGGUGGAAUUAUCAAAGCCUUGCAGAACAUGGGUGGCCAAGAAGACUUCGAGCUCCUCAAGCAGUUGAAGAUUGUGACGGACAUGUUUGAUGGCCAUUCCAAAUCCAUUUCUCCAAGCACUGCUGCACCUGCCCCAAGCCUGCUGACCCAGUUGACUGCCCAAGGGAAGCUUGAUCAUGAGGCCGAUGCAGAACGUGACAGGCACUUCAAAAUGAUCCAAUCUGAGAGGAGAAGGUUUGUUAGCUUUGGAAUCCCCAAGGCUUGGUCCAAAGAAAGUCUUCUGGCAUCCUUCAGAGCUUCUGGGAAGGUCUUCGCACAUUCUGGCCAGCUCAACAGCAAUCACAGAUUGAUUUGUGCAUCUGCUGAUCUUUUGGUUGAGCAAGGCGAUGAGCCUUGGGCUACCCCUUCUGUUCCUCAACCGAACCUUUGGAAAGAGAUUCUAGCUUUCAUGGGCUCCAGCGCCACCGGGCCAGCAGACUUCGUGAUGGCAUUUGAUGGGAGGAUGCGUGAAAUGCGCCGCCUGAGUGAAGAUGAUCUGCUCAGCCAAGCCCAUGCCUGUGAAGGUGCAAUUGUUUACACUGGUGGCUGCCCCCCACGGGCCGGGAGAUCCCGUAAAGUUCCCUUGUCUGGCAGAAAGUUGGAGACUAUGGCCAUCAGAUGCCCCGUGCAGCGGUCCCGCAUCAAGGUAUCCAAAAAGGAGACCUUCACCGCGUGCGGCGAAGAAAGCACAUACCAGGGCACCUACACAGGUGUUUCGUAUCGAGCCUGCAGUGAAAUCCCAUUGAUUUCCAUGCAAGAGAAGUCUAAGCUGCUGGAUCCAAACAACAUCUUGUCAGUGCCUAAGCUCCCAGAGGACUGGGUGGAACGCAAUGGAGAAGAUUGUCCGCUGUUUUGGCACGAAUCCAAGCCCAUUGCUUUGUGGUGUGCCUUGCUUGACGAAUGGAAAGUUCAUGCAGUUCUGGAUUGUAGCCCUGGAAGUGGUGCCCUAAUGGAAGCAGCUCUCACACGUGGCAUUGUCUACCAUGGUCUGAACAAAGAGCACCUGCAGUGGCUCCAGGCUAUCGCUGACAGAGCAGCGUGCGGACUCAUUGCUGUGGAGGGGAGCUCCUUAUUUGCCGAGGAGAAUGCCACUGCCGUGAAGAAAUCAUUUCCAGACGUCAUUGCUUGUUUAGCAAGGGCCCAGGAAGAAGACGAUGCUCAGCCUUUGGAGCCAGAAAGCCCAAAUGAGGGCGUGGCCAGCAAGCUGCUCCUCAUGGUUCUGCGUGCUGCCUUCUGUCCAAAAAUCAGACUGCGAUGCAAGACUGCCAUUGAAGCAAUUGCGAAGACCAAGGGCAAAACAGCCCAGCCUUCCCAGUGCAGCGACCAUGUGAAAAAAGGCAGAGCAGCCAAGCCGCAACAAAGUGGCCGCAAGUCCCUUGUGAAGACCAAAGGCGAAACAGCCAAGCCUAGGCAGAGUGCCAGGCGCAUGGCAGUGAAGCAAAGUUUGGUUCCCAAAGCAAGAAGGGCAUUCGCCCUAUUUCUGGGUGAGAACACCAAAGUGAAGAAAGGAGCUUCAAAGUCUGAGUAUCAAGCAGAGAUGCGAAGAGUUGCGGCGCUUUGGAAACAAUUGGAUGACAAGCAGAAGGCUCCUUUCCACAAAAAAAGCCUUGAAGAAUUCCAAGUACAAAGGGACGCAAUGGGGCGUUUGGGUUUCGAUGUUCGGAAGUGCUUGCGGCCGGGCAAGUGCGAGGAUCGCGGUGAAUCCGAGCUAGCCCCCCGGAAUGCUUUGCCCCAUGCCCAGCGCAAGUUCCGCAUUGGCAAUUACACCGUCGUAGAGGAUCAGCUGGGUAGUGGCUCUUAUGGAAAGGUAUUUUCUUCCUGCUGCCCAAACGGCCGGUCUUGUGCCAUCAAAGUCUACCGCAGCCGGCAAGCACAUCAUGAGGCAGCGUUUGAGCUUGCUACUUACAAGGAGCUCGGGAAGCUGGCAAUGCCGCAUUGCCAAUGGUUUCCUAUGGUCCUGGACUUCGACACCUCAGGACGACCAUGGCCCUGGUUGGCACUGUCCUACACUGGGGUUAGUUUGGCAGCCCGCUUGAACGCUGGAGGCCCAAUGCCCCAAGACUUGGUUGAACACUUGUUGCUGCAGUUGGAGGCUGCAAUCUGCGUGUUGCACGAUGAGGCCAAACUCUUGCACUUGGACAUCAAGCCGGCUAACAUUCUGUGGCGCGGUGAGCUGCGAGAGCUGCGGCUGUGUGACUUCGGCAUGUCAGAGCCUGCACCUCGCCUUUCAGGUCCACAGUCCACGGUCCACGGUCCAUCCAAAUCUUCGGCACCGCAGGGAGAACGGGCAACAGUUGAGCUACGCUUCACAGAAUAUGUGACGCCCUUGUACCGACCACCCGAGCUGUGGAAUUUGGUGUCUGGACCAGUGGCUUUGCAGGCAGCAUUGACCAGGGCAGUGGAUUUGUGGAGUUUUGGCUGCGUGGUCUUUGAAGUUGUAACUGGCAAGCCACUCAUGAAGCCUCUGGACCGACGGCAGCCGACUUCCAAACAGUGCGUUGCUGAAUGGUGCAAGGAUUGGACAGGGCUGAUUGCUUCCUCCGCCCGCGUUGCUGGUACUCGGGGAUCCUGGAGCUGCUGGCAUGCUCGUAUGUGGUCUUGUGGCAUGUGGAGCUCUGUGGUGCUGAACGCUUGCUGCCCUGAGCCAAAGUCCAGGAAGUGGAUGAAAGAUGGUGCUGCCCACAUCAACCGCGCUGACUGA